AUUAAUAGCAUCAACAUAAAUUUAUAAUUUUUAAUUUUUGUAAAUUGUGCAAUUCCAGUCUUCUAGUUGCCAUGUGGCAGAACCUUAGGGUCUUUGUAACCAGAUAUCCCAUAGCACGUGGUAUGAUAUCUUAUAGUCUAAUCUGGCCCACAAGUUCGUUAAUUCAACAGACAUUUGAGGGCAAGCGUUGGGGAGACUAUGAUUGGGGGCGGGUGAUGCGGUUUAGCUUGUACGGUGGACUUUUUGUGGCCCCCACUCUCUAUGGCUGGGUUAAGAUCUCCAGCGCCAUGUGGCCACAGACAUCCCUGCGUACGGGUAUCACGAAGGCGGCAGUGGAAACAAUAUCUUAUACUCCAGGUGCCAUGACAUGUUUCUAUUUUAUCAUGAGCCUGCUCGAAUCCAAGACAGUCCAUGAGGCAGUGGCUGAAGUGGGCAAAAAGUUUCUUCCCACCUACAAGGUGGCACUCUCUGUUUGGCCUUUGGUAGCCACCAUUAACUUUACCUUGAUACCCGAACGGAAUCGGGUACCCUUCAUCAGUGCUUGUAGCUUAUGCUGGACCUGCUUUCUGGCUUAUAUGAAACACUUGGAGCAUCAUGAGGUCGAUGAAGCUAUUUAAUUGACAGUGUUUAAUUUUUAAGAAAUUAGGUAGUUUAGUUAAGUAAUUCAGAAUACUUUUGUUUUUAUUGAAAUAUGUUAAAUAACUUUGCAAAAUUU